AGUUGUCUCGUUAACGUUCCUUUCUACAGCACCUUGAUUGCAUCAAUACAUGUCGCGCUAAAUUAUAUAUGACUUAUUCGUAGAAGCUUCAUAAACAACCUAUUUAGAAUACGAAAAAUUCACUAUUAAAUAAAUUACGACAAACGCCUAACACGUUUAUGACAAUUUCUGGUACCUAUAUUUAUAAUUAGUUGGAUUUAACAAUCAUCGAAUAUGGCACGUUACACGAGCAGUCAAAUUACUAUUUGCUCUGAUGACACUUUUGUUAGUGGUGUAUAUAAUAGAAAGGAUAGUCCUAAUAAUCUUAAAGGACCUUUAAAAGCUGCAAGAUUAUGCAUUUUAAGUUUAAUUAUUCCUGGUAUACUGGUUAUUGCUCCCCUUUACAUACGAUAUCAUGUGUAUUCAGACCAAAAAUAUCCUUUAGCAGUUACCGAUAUGAGGAUUAUUGAUCAACGUAUAUCUACAUUUUGGUGUCAACGUCAAGUUGUUACUACUAAUGCCACGUUCAAUGCAUUUUUGAUGCCCGAAAAACCAACAACUGCAACCAAAACAGAGUUUGUAGAAAUGGAAAGACAUAUAAUAUUAGAAGAUGAUAUUAAAGAAUAUUGGGGAUUUUAUUUACUAAAAGAUUCAAUAGUAAAAGUGUCUACAUGUUCUAGGUGGCCAGGAGCUAGUCUUAUAAUCAUUAAAGGCCAUAAACAUUUAAGGGAAUGUGCAUACAUAGGAGAUAAUUCUAGUGAAGAACUUGAUGAGGUUGAAUCGUCCGAAGAAAGUAAUGAUACUCAUAUUCCUAAUUUUAUGAGAAAACUAACUACGGGAAUGACUGUACCAGAUAUGGCACCUGACGUAGUUUAUAUUAGUGCCAAUACAACUGAUUAUAAUGGACACCUAAAAUAUUAUAAGCAAGUUGCUAAAAAUGUAAAUCAUCAUUUAAGUUACGCAGAAGAUUUAUACCAAAAAGAAUUAAAUGAACGAAUUGAAAAUGAAGACUACGUAACUCAAAAUAAAAAGUAUAAAUCCAUAAUUUCUAAUGGAGAGCAAAUAAAAAAUAUACCUCAAUCAAAAGAACUAAUUGAAGAGUCAUUGAGGAAGUUAGCCUCUCAAGGUAAAGAUGGAGCUAUACUUUUACAAAAACUUAAAGAAGUCAUUGAAAAUAAUCUAAAUGGCUCCUUGAAUAACACAACUGAAACGUCUAACAGGUUACAUCAAAUAAUUGAAAGUGCUUUAGCUGAUGAUAAUACAUCAUGGAGAGGACCAAGAUUAAGACAUUUUCGUAACAGAUUUAGGAGGACUGCAGAAGAACCUCAUCGAUUAAAAGAAGACCUCAUUUCACACGACAAGAAAAACGAUGCUGCCACAGAAGAAAUUGAUGCUCCAUCUCCGGACGGAAUUGCUCAUGUUCGCGGAAAAGUAUCUGAAAAUGGGACUCGUUUAGUUAAAGAUCGUAGUCACAGUGAAUUUUGGUCCUCAUUCUCAAGUAGCGAAGAACAACUGUUAGAAUGUGAAGGUUUGCUAUUAAGUCUCCCGUUAGCUCCACAUUCUCAAUGUUUACCUCCAAAUAAAAACCCCAAUUAUGAGGAAGCGAGCCAUUCUAACUCUGUAACUUACAAGAUUCCAUCAGACGGAUAUUAUUUCUUCGUAUUCAAUAGUGAAAAUGAAAUUCAAGAUAAUUUUAUACGCAUUCAUUUUGCAAUAAACAAAACUGUAUACGAUGUAUCCCAAUCUUUAGCAUCUUGUCUAAAUACUACAGGCGAAUGUCAACUGCCAUUGAGCUUUUGGUCGAAACAAACCACAGUGUUAGAAAUGUUAAGGGCUGGACCUAAAAGUGAUUCCAAUGAAGAAUUCAUUGCUAUAUCAACAUGCCAGCCAAGAUCAAUGAUUUAUGCUAUUUGUUUGAUUACAGCACCUAUAAUGUUUGUUUUAUUUUCCUUCCAUUAAUUACUUUUUACUCUGAUUAUUCCUAAAAAUUUUGUUUGCUAUGUAGUUACACUUGUUAUGUAAGUACCUUAAUUUAAUAUAUUUUAUAUAUUCUUGUACAUUUUAUAUAUAUUAUACAACAAUGUUUAUAAUAUUGAAACUUAUUAUUUGACCAAAUAUUUGAUUAAUUAUUAGAAUUCUUCAUUAAUAAUGCUGUAGUCUAUUUCUAUUCCCCUAUUUUCUGUUUUCAUAAAUAUCACGCACAUAAAAUAAUUAAACACAAUCAUAAAACAUUUUGUAAGCAACAGUUUAUAAUAAUAUUUCUUUUACAAAAAAAAUUAACCAUGCAUUACUUUUUGCCAAAAGUUACCAUGGAACCGUAUAAAUAGUUCAGUUAUACGUAUAACUAAUUUUUAAAAGAAUAAUUAUUAACAUUAUUUAUAUUUUUACUAAAAGUUUUCCAAAAACUGGCAAUGAUUUAUAAAAAAAUUUGACACAUUUAUACAGUAA